AUACUUCGUAAUAUAAACAUCUCUAAAAAAAUUAAGCUAAAUUCAUAUACAUAGGUAUAAUAAUGCAUAGAUAACACACUGUAGGUGUAGGUGACAAUUGUUUAAUCAGCUAAAUAAAUUAAAUAUUAGUACAACGUACGUUUUCCAAUUUAUUCGAUCGUGGAAGGUUGUAAUAUAAGAUGAUCUUAUAAAUAAAUAAGUAAUAAUCUGUAAAUAAUCUAUAAAGUGUUAUGCAUAGAUGACAAGUUGUUUGUUACGAGUUUGAAGUGGAUAAAAAUAUAAAGUCUUUUAGUACAAAUAUAACAUUCCUAAGCGUAACGCUUAUUUGUUAUCAAUAUGAAAGAAGAACAUGAAGAAAGUUUUGAAAGUUCUGAAUUACCAGCCGUAAUUGGAGUGCUGUUGGAUUGUUUGGAUGAUAAAAAUCCAGAUGUCAAAGAGUCUAUAAUUAAAUCACUUGAGACAAUAAGCAAGAAAAAUCCAGAGAUUGUUAUUCAUACUGCUAUUUAUUUUUGGGAAAUGCAUAAAAAGAUAUCCAAGAAACAUAUGGCAUCUCUGUUGAACAUAAUGUCCAAUGUCUGCAGACAUUCAGCGACAAGUUUAAACAAAGAUUUAGCAUCAUCUCUCUCUGAAGUGGCAGUGAAUGAACUAAUAGGAGAAACUGAGAAUGAAGCAGCUCAGUUGUUAAUUGAACUUUGUCAAAUAUAUUGCGUACAAGCCAUAGGUGGACUUUUGUCUAAAUUAGAACCUGGAAAAAUUCCUAAUGCUGUAAUAGUUUCCACAAUAGGAAAGCUUGUGGCAGCCAAUCCAUAUGGGAUGUUGUCUUUUUUAAAAAUAAUAUUAACUAUUAUAUUACCAAUGUUAACUCAAAUACACGAGGAAGUUCUUAAACAAGCAGUUUGCUCCAUGAUUAGUAACUUUUGUGAAGCUUUACAUGAUUAUACAAGGAGUGAAGAGAUCUUAGUUCCAGAAAUUAACAAACAAAUGUUUGAGGAAGAUAUUUGCUCUAUUUAUGACUUUUUAAUGCAAUAUUGGUUGAAAACAUCUCGCGAUUUUAAUUCAAUGCAAAAUAUUUUAAAUGCAUUAGGUUAUAUAAUAAUUCUUUUAUCCGAGCAGAAGAAUAGCGAGAGAAUUAUAAAAUUGCUACCCAUAUGUUUAAAUCUUUCUAAGAAAUCAAGUAUACGUUUAUCUUCGUUAAAAGUUUUAGCUAUACUUUUAAAUUGCCUCAAGACUGAAAGUGACAAAGAGGCAAUUCGUCCAUCUAUAGAAUACAUACAUCAAACUUUAUUUGAAUAUGUUAGUAUCAACCCUUAUGAAUCAUAUUCUCAACAUCCAGUUCUUACACAUUUCGAAGUUCUACAGUGCUUCAAGUCAUUGGUCAUUUUGUACCCUUAUGAAGGUCUUGACAGAAUCUUGCAACAAUUGAAGUCACCGACUGCUAAUCAACGUGCCCGUACUCUAGUAAUCCUAAAAUAUCUCAUAAACUUUCUUCCAAAAAAGAAUGAUGGAACAAUGCAAAGAAUUGCAUUAAGCCUGCAAGAAUCUCUUGUAGAGGACAAUUCACUGCAAAUGGUUAGUGCUAUAGCAGCACUCGUAGCACAAUCGAUUCCUCUUUUCUUAUCGCAGAGAGUUCAAUUUAUUCGUUAUAUGGUGAAGCAUUGUGAAACGAAAGAUGAUAACAUGAAGGAAUGUUCCACAGCUUUGCAUUUACUCGCAACAACAGUCAAUGGCGUCGAGUCUUGGUUGUGGCCGUGUUUAAUAAAUGCAUUGCUAGAUCCAUCUUGUGUAGCAUCUGUUAUACCAGUAUUACGUUCACUGACCCCAUUAGCGAUAAAAAUAAUACGUAAUGAAAAUUCUCUAACAGACAAGAGGGAUUUUCCUGGCACAAAAAUUUUAAGCCGAUGUCUGGAAUUAUUAAGCGAUCCGACUAAUCGACUCGAAGUAGUGGCCUUUUUAAAAGCUGCAGCACCUUUAAUAGGACAUCAAGUGAAACCUUACUGGAAUGAAAAGUUGUUAGAACUUACACAGGAAUGUUUGCAAAAUGAACAAACAAAUUCUUAUAGUCUCAAAGAAGCGAAAGAUUCCAUGCAACGAGAUUUAAUUUGGGAAAAGAAAAUAGUGGAGUGGUUGGAAGAAAGUAUGAAACUGGAAGGAGAAUCGUGGGGCAACAAGAUUGCUGAGGAACUCGUUUCAAAAGCAAGCAUACCGAAUAUAGCCUUGUUUUUAGCAUGUACAUGCAAUAACAAUGAUCACAUUACUCUUCUCAUCGAACUUGCGCGUUCUCAUAGCACCACCAAGGAAUUCGCGCGAGCAGUUGGUAUCUGCGCCAAACGACAUUUGAUUAUCGUAUUGAAAUUAAUGGAGGAAUAUUGUACCAUCGAAGACACCAGGAAAGUCCGCGUAAAGCUAUUGGGCUUAAUGAAAGACUCAAAAGCCGCCGCUACUGCUGAAGCUGCAAAAGCAGGUUUGUUACAAUCCUAUGCUGAAAUCGCUCAGAGAGGGAAUCCGCAAAAAUUUUUCUCAGCAUUUGAAAAGCAUGUAUUACCGUGGACUAUUAAACAGUUGAACGAAUGUAAGGAAUUAUCUACAAAAGAAGCAGGACUGUCAGUUUUGGAACAAGUGGCCAAUGCUGUUCAUCCUACUAACUUUCCCGAAUUUAAAAGUUUGCGCAUAAAAACUACUAUUUUAGCUACUUUAUUAGGAAUUUUGCAAACAUCAACCGGAUAUAAACCAUUGCAACUUUAUCCGGCGAUAUUGAAAGCAAUAAACUCUCUAAUAUGUAUAUCGCCAAUGUUAAAUGAUGAAGAAAGAGGGAUUUUUCUUAGUGCAUUAUUAGAUAAGACGAUCGGUGCCAGUUCAGAGAUUGUUUGUUGUUUAAAUCCAGAAAUAAUGCGACAAGUCACAAAAGAAUUAGCAGCUAUAUCUAGUGAAAUUGUAUCCGAUUCAGCGGACGCAUUAGCUGAACUGGUUGAUAUAUUAUUUACAUGGAUGCAGUCGAAGUCAAAUAUAGAAAGAAAAACGACUUUGUCGGUGUUACACACAGUGCUUCAGUCCUAUUAUAAUUCUUUAAAAUAUACAUACCCAGGUGGCAAAUUGGAUGUUGGACAACUAAUAGGGAAAAUUUUCUGCUGGUGCACAGAUGAUGAUUGCAAUUUAAGACCAUUGGUGAUAGAUUGUCUAUUUCUCUCUCUGGAUAUUGCAGCCCGUCAUCGUCAGAUAUUAUCUGAGAGUGUUUCGAUUAAUGAUAUAGAACAAAUAAAGAGAGAACUGACUGAAGAUAAUGAGCUGUCUUAUAAAACUGCAAAAAAUUUUGCUGAUGUGGUAUCAAAAAAAAUUCCCAAUGGUGAGAUAGUUGGUUUUGCAGAGGGAUUGAUUGGUGGCUUACUAUUCAAUGGACAAGCAUGCCUCAUAGCAGGAGUAGGUCUUAUGCAACAUUUUAAAAUUAGAGGAUCAGAGAUAUCUAGGACCGAUGUUUCUUUAGUCGACAGUAUUAUUUUGCAAAUAAGACAAAUCGGAAAUCUGAGCUGCAAAUAUACUGCAUUAAUAGCUAUAUCAGCGCUGAUGAAACACCAUCCGGAAGAAGUGGGCGAGUAUCUUUUAUCACAACCGUUACCAUUGGAUUCAGGUACUAGAUCAUGUUGGAGAGAACUCGGCAAUGACUUUUUUCUCGCAGGCCGAGCUUUGGAAUUACUACUGGUAAAACUCCAAUUUGGCAAUUUAUUCAGUGAAGUUACGAAUUCAGUGAAUUCUGGAAGAAAUAAUACCGCGUCCCUGCCAUCCUUGGCAAUUAUCGUAGGCUUGAAAUCUCUUCUGGAAUCAUUGAGUAUGAGAGACUUUAUUGAAAUACACUUGCCAGAAUUAUUAUCGAAUCUCCUUAAGUACCUCUCAGGCUGGCUGCAUGUUGAAACUCCCGCAUCAUUGAUAAACACGAAGUACGGAUAUGUUCCGAAUCGGGCAGCGCAGAAGAUAAAUCCGUACGCAGAAGUGCAUUCCAUAAUAACUAAUGUAUUGAUGGUCAUUCAACCAAAUAUUGCAUACAGCUUGCUAACGGACGCCACUUCUUUCGAGAUACAAACCGAGGAGAACGUAAUAUCGAUUGUACAAACAUUGAUUAAAUGCAUGUCGAACAGAAAUGAGGAUCUGUUGAGUAUGUCACAAAUGUUAAAUGAUCUGAUAACUAGUACCAUAGCCAUACAACGAGCGGUCGCCGUGACGUUUUAUACGGAACUGAUCGGCAAAAUGCGCGAAGUUGUAUGGUUGGAAGCCACAAUUAAUACCCUACACGAAUGUAAAAACGAUUCAUCGCCUCUGGUACGAAAACACGCUAUUAUGGGACUUGCUAGAAUAGCUUAUUUGGAUUCGAGACUGAUGAACCAAUACUUUGACAAUUGUUUGGACGCUUUACUCGUUGGAUUGGAAGAGACUGCUGGCGGAGAAGGCAGCGCUGAAGUAGUACUCGAAUCGUUGCGAGGUCUCUCGAUAUUGUUAUCAGUUCAAUAUACGAAACCUGUAAGUCCUCGAAUUGUCUUAGCUUUGAAACCAUUUAUCGAGAAGGAAAAUUUUGAAAUGAGACUCGCUGCCAUAAGCGCUCUAGGCGCAAUAGCUACAAAUUGGCACAGGUCAAUUGCAUUACCGAACGAUGAUUUGAUCGAUCAUCUUCUGGGUUGUUUGCCAUCCCUGAUAAUAAGACUGGAAGAUUCACAUGCAAUAGUAGUUACGACAACACAGGAGACAUUAUGUAAAAUUACGUCUGUUCUGCGGAAUGAGAAAUUGUCGCAUGUGAUAUGUAGUAAUUUGCAAUCAGAAGUGAAGUUUGAUUUUGAGAUUUUUUCGAAGGUUUUGAUAAAUUGUUUGAAGGAAGAAUUUCCACAGAGAGCGGAAGAACUCAGGAAUGCUGUUGUUCGAGGCUAUUCUAAAUCGGAGAAUGAUCAUAUCAGAGCUACAUCUGCACUGCUUUUAGGGUUGUUUAACUCUCCGAAGCCUGAGGACAUACAAAGACUGUUGCAACUUUUGCGGGAUAGAAAAAGUAUUGUAAGAAUACGCGCUUCGCAAGCUCUCUCGUUUUGCUUUACGAAUUAAUUUGUAUGGAUAAUGGCGAUAAUUCGAUAAUUUGUUGCACUAGUUAAAAAUUGCAUCUUACUUUUAAAUUACAAAAUUUUUGUAGGGAUAUAAUUUUAUUCUUAUUGUG